UCUCCCGCGCCUUGUCCCCUCUUGUCCCCUCCACAGGCAUGGGGCGCCAGGCGCUCCUUCUGCUCCUGCUGCGGGUGCUUGCCGCGCUGGGCGGCCUGGGGGGCUCCGGAAUGGAUGAAGUCAAGUGUAACCUGACGAGGCAAGCUGCGUGUGGUGGAAGCUGCAUUCCUGUGGCCUGGCUCUGCAAUGGCGAGCAGGAAUGCCCGGAUGGGACCGAUGAGCAGUGCGAGGAAAUAUGUCACGGACAUCCACAGGCCUGGCAGUGUGAUGACGGGAAAUGCAUUUCUGUUAGCUGGCUUUGUGAUGGUGUUGGUGACUGCUUAGAUGGCUCCGAUGAGGUUGACUGUGAGAGAUUGACAGGGUGUCCAGACCAAAAAAUCCAAUGUCCAGGAAAUUCUCAGUGUCGUGAUGCCUGGGAACUCUGUGAUGUCCAUGACUGUGAGGAUGGGUUUGACAAAGCGCGCUGCGCUCGGAACCAUUGCCUGGCUGGCCAGUGGCAGUGCAAGAACAAGGUGUGUGUCAUGGAUAGCUGGAAGUGUGAUGGCAUCGACAACUGUGGGGACUCCUCAGAUGAGGAAGUCUGUGCUUCCUGUCCAGAAGGCAUGGUUAGAUGUGAUGAAGGCAAAUGCAUCCUAGAAUCCCUGAUGUGUGAUGGGGAAGCAGACUGCAUGGAUGGUACCGAUGAACCCACUACAUGUGGUAAAAACUGCUCUCUGGCCAACGGGGGCUGUGAGGGGCAGUGCAGUGACACAAAGUGGGGUGUCCAGUGUUCAUGUGGAACUGGAUGGCAAUUACAGCUGGACGGUCAGAGCUGUGGAGAUGUGGAUGAGUGCUCUACGGCCUACAGUCCUUGUGGCCAGCUGUGUCAUAAUACACCAGGCUCUUACUCCUGUGAGUGUACUCAAGGUCACCAGCUCUACAAUGGCACCGACUGUCGAGUUACAGGUGAUGCUGUUAAAAUUCUUAUCGCAACAGACCGAGAGCUUGGUGUCCUGAAUCGAAGAACAGGCAGUUAUGAGACUCUGAUACCUAUAAAAUCAAGGCCGACUUCUGUUGCAUAUGAUCUUGAGAGAAAUAUGUACUUCUGGGUGGAUGAAGUCUUAAAUGUUUUUGUCCUUGGGAAGCCAAACUCUGUUUCCCUCUAUCCAGAACUUAAAACAGUGAACAGCAUCUCUUUGGACUGGGUCACGGGGCAGUUGUAUUGGGCUAGCAGCCUCACAAGAGUCAUCUACGCUGGUUUAAGUGAUGGCAGAGGUUACGUCAAAAUUUUGGAAAAGGACCUGGUGCCAGAGCAGCUGAUAGUGUUUCCUGAAAAGAGGUCCUUGUACUGGGUAAAUCGAGGUGAGAAAGGCAUGAGGACUAUUGAAACUGCAGGGAUGGACGGCUCUGAUAGGAAGGUGCUUGCGGUUGUAAACAUGGAGGAACCUGUAGGACUGACACUUGACCAUGUGAUGGGCAGGCUCUACUGGAUCAGUAAAUAUAAAGAGUCCAUAGAGACGGUAAACGUGGAUGGUACCAGAAGGCACACCUUUCCUGAGAUCUUCUUGCCAGAUGAAGAGCCGAUAGGACUAGCUGUAUUUGAGAACUCUUUCCUCUGGGCAAGUAAAAUACAGCUAUUUCAUACCUCACCCCACGCCCCAAAGAAGAGAGAGGUGCUGCUGAAUACCUCCAUAUCUGCUUUCUCAGUCCUCCACAAAUCCAGGCAGCCUAAGAGCAGAUACCCAGCAUGUGUUCCAGGUUCUUGUAGCCACCUGUGUCUCCUCUCCCCCAUCCAUCCCAAGGGCUAUAAGUGUGUUUGUCCAGAGGGAAUGUUUCUUUUACCUUCUGGCUCGUGUACUGAGUUAAAACUUGUCUUUUCUUCUGGCAAACGUCUCUACUUGUUGAAAGUUGGUUUUAUGGGAAGUGCUAUAGAGAAGACACUAGUUCAAGAGCAUCCUGGGAACAUCUAUUUACUAGAUAUUGACUGGAAAAGAAACCUCAUCUACUGGACAGAUGCCCAGGGACAACUGUUCUACUCAACUGGCUAUUCAGGAGAAAAUCAAGAGAUCUGGACAGAGCAUACAGUCUGCUCAGCAAGUGUGGACAUAUCCACUGGGGACUUGUACUGGCUCCCCUGUGACAGAAGUGCUAUUCAGAAGACUAGAAUCACUGGCCCAGACACAGAUACCCUCUACAGAACGGGCAGCAUUAUACUGCAUCUUCUUCUUGAUUGGCCAAAGAGAAUGCUCUACUGGGUAGAAAGUGGGAAAUACUUGCAAAGUAUGACCUUUGAUGGCAAAAACAGACAAGAAGUCUGGAGAGGCACCUGGACAGCAGAAACCCAUGUGGCCUUAGACCUCGGUGCAUCUAGCAUCCUCUGGACCACCAAAGGGUUAGGGUUGCAAAGUCUGAGUCUCCUAAAAAAUAGAACCUACACUUUGAACAAGACCUGGAGUGACGGCAUUAUAGCGGCCCAUGAGCCCUACCUGGUGACCGUGAACAGAGCAGCUCUUAUGCUGUGGAACAGGAGGAUGGUGGAGCCCUUCUCGGUGUCAAAAGAGCCACACAUCAGGAAAAUGAUCAUCCUGGCAGAGGACCAGCAGGUUCCCGAUCCUGCGGCUGAAGAAGUAGCCACAACCACCCCUCCUACUCGUCCUCCACCACCCCCUCUACUUUGCACCCGAUCCUCUGUGCCCUGUCGGAAUGGGCAGGAAUGCAUUUCUCGGGAGAACCUCUGCAACGGCGAGCCGGACUGCCAGGAUGGCUCGGAUGAAGAGAACUGCUCCCAGUUCUGCAACAAACCAGGGGUCUUCCAGUGUCUGGAUGGAGACAAGUGCAUUGAGGAGAAGUACCACUGUGAUGGGGCUCGGCAGUGCUUGGAUGGCUCUGAUGAGUGGGACUGCUGGAAGCCCACCGAGGAUUGUUCUCUGCGUUGUGACAACAAGACCCGCUGUAUCCCUAAGAGCUGGCUAUGUGAUGGCCACCCAGACUGUGCUGACAAAAAAGAUGAACAAAGAUGUAUUCAUGAAAAAUGCGGCACAUCUGAAUUUAGAUGUAGGAAUGGUCAAUGCAUAUCUUACUCUCUGCGUUGUGAUGGCAACCGAGACUGCCUGGACCACUCAGAUGAAGAAGGCUGUCCUGCUGCCUGGCCGCUGCGGUGCCCAGGAGGGGAGGUUAAGUGCCCGAGGAGUGGAGAAUGUGUGUUGGCAGACUGGAUAUGUGACCACGACUUAGACUGCAAAGAUGGAACCGAUGAGAAGGACUGUGACCCUGAGGAGCUUCGCUGUGGCUCCAGGCAGUGGUCCUGUGCCAGUGGAGACCAGUGUGUGCCUGACUCGUGGCUCUGUGAUGGGCAGCGUGACUGCAGGGACGGCAGUGAUGAGGCUGGAUGCCCCCCUGAGAAGUGCCAGAGUUCUGAGUUCCAGUGUCGCUCCCAUGCCUGCCUCAACGUCAGCCUGGUGUGUGACGGGAAGGAGGACUGUGCCGAUGGCUCGGAUGAAGGUGGAAAGUGCUCGUCAUCAGCAUGCGGCCAAGCGCAGUGUUCUCACUCCUGCUACAAGUCCCCACAGGGGCCUACAUGUGCUUGUGAGCAAGGCUUUGAGCUGAAGAGCAGUGGCCAAAUCUGCAAGGAUGUGGAUGAGUGCCAGAAGUUGGGUGGUCAGCCUUGCAGUCAGACCUGUGUCAAUACCAGGGGCUCCUACAGCUGUACCUGUCAUCCUGGCUACUUGCUGGAGCCUGAUGGCCACACCUGUAAAGCAACAGGUCCUGAACCAAUCCUGCUUGUGGCAAUUCAGUUUAACCUGCUCCUCUACGGAUUGAGGAGCUUGAAAGAAGAUAUUCUGGCAACUACAGACAAGAACUUGAUUAUUUUCUCUAUUGACUAUGACCUCGUGGAGCAGAAAGUCUUCUGGACAGAUCUCGGUGCGGAAAGUAUCAAGUGGAUCAGCAUGGACACGAAGAAGAAAGGGACCAUGGUGAAAGGGAUAAAGUCAGACUGUAUAGUGGUUGACUGGAUCGGGAGAAAUCUCUACUGGAUGGAUGGGACAGCUGGCCGGAUUUUGGCAAUUCAGUUGACUGCUAUUUGGAGAGGAAAAUCUGAGUACACGAUCGUCCUGGACGACGACUUGAAUCAAGCACGGUCUUUGGCUUUAGAUCCCCUAAAUGGGUUAAUGUACUGGUCUGAAAUUGGAGGAGAACCUCAAAUAGAACAAGCUGGAAUGGAUGGUAGCAGCAGAAAAAUACUCAUCAAUCAAGGUCUUGGCUGGCCAACUAGCAUAGCUCUUGACCAGUUGAGUUGGAAGAUAUUCUGGUCUGAUGACAAAUUUCACUGUAUUGGCUCUGCCAAUCUAGAUGGUACUGGUAUUAGUAUGUUGCAGCUAACACAAAUCAAGAACCCCUUUUCGGUCGCUGUGUUUGAAGAUGAAGUCUUCUGGUCUGAAAUGAAGACGAGAACAGUACAGCGCAUGAAGAAGACGACAGGCAAGAACAGGGCUGUCCUCAUCAAGCGUUUUGAACAGCCUUAUGGACUCAAGAUAAUGCAUGCUGUGCUACAGCCCAGGUCUUCUAAUCCUUGUCUGGACACAGGAUGUUCUCACUUGUGCCUUCUGAGCCCACGAUCCAAGGGAAGCUGUCAUUGCCCAGUUGGACUCCUGCUUGCAGAUGACGGCAUCAGCUGUGUUCCACUCGAGGAGUCUGCGUUUCUGUUCCUUGUGUUGCCCACAGUUAUCACACAGAUUUAUGUGAAAAAUCUAGAAACUUCGCUAGGACAAGCAACUUUACCAGAACAUAGGAUACUUCCCUUUACCAAUGUGAACCAGCUUGCGUCAGUGGAUUACCUUGUCCAGGAAAAGACCCUCUACCUUUCAGAGUCGGAUAGUGGUGAUAUCAGACUGCUGAGGCUCAAAGAAUCUGGAAAGCUCUCUUGGAGGAAAAUCAUAUCUGUGGAGGGGACAGUGAUCGACCUUGCUGUGGACUGGUUCAGUGGAAACAUAUAUUGGAUUGACAGUGAGAAUCCUCACAUCAGUGUAGCUUCCUCAAAAGGCCAGUAUUCCACUGUCUUGUUCAGUGAAAAUCUUUACCGCCCAACCUCUGUUGUGCUCCACCCACCUACUGCAAUCAUGUGCUUUGUGGACCAGGGUUCCCAGGAGGACAGUAAGCGUGGCUCCAGCAUUGAAUGUGCCUCCAUGGAUGGCAGCAGGAGGAAGGUGCUGUGGCAGAAAUCUGAGGUCCCUGUGGGCCUGACCUUUUCAGAUUCAGAGACCCGAGUGUACUGGGCUGACGCUGGGAGAGGACUCAUAGAAAGCAUUCAACAAGAUGGCUCUAGAUACAGAGUAGACCGCAGAGGCAUUCGGGGCCUUAACCUCUUUACAUAUGGCCAAGGCAUGAUGUUCUGGACAACAAUUGAUGAUGCUCAAAUCACUAACGUUUGGUACAGCAAGGCAGAACUUGUAGAAAACCGGUGGUUCCAAGUAGACCAGAAGAUUGUGGAUUUAAAAGUUUAUAGUAAACUUAAUCAACAGGGUAGUAACAGCUGCUCAAAAGACAAUGGAGGAUGUAGCCAUAUUUGUUUACCAAACCCUGAAGGACAGACUUGUAAAUGUCCCCGUGGGUACUACUUGGCCGACACAAACAAAUGUAUUGAAGCUGCCCAAUGCGCUGCACCAUUACAGUCCUGUAAGGAUGGCCAGAAAUGCAUUCCCAUGGAGCAAGUGUGUGAUGGUCGUGCAGACUGUCUGGAUGGAUCUGAUGAAACGGGCUGUACCUAUCCAGAUAAAACCCAUUCAACACCAACACCUAAAAAGCCAGAGGCUGGAAAAAGAUUGACUCCAAAAGCUGCCCACUCUCUCCAGGCUCCCGAGUCCACCAAGGCUGGCUAUCAGGAUCCAGAAGGGAUGAAUUAUCCUGUCAGGAGAACACUAAACCCUCUGAUUCCUGCUAGAGAAAGCAAGACCUCAGACACCAAGGAAAGAGGGGCAUCUGUUCGGCCCAAAGACUCACAGAUGUCAAAACAUUUGCCCUGUAGCAGCGAUUUCUGUAAUGGGCGGGGAAUCUGUACCAUGGAAGGUGAGCUGAGAAAAUGCAGCUGUCUGAUGGAAUAUGGCGGAGAGUUCUGCGAAGAGGCAGUGCGCGGACCUGCCCCUGGCGACAUCGCCCUCAGCUUAAUCAUUACCUUAUCAGUUGUUCUGGUGGCUCUGGGAGCAUACGUAUAUUUCAAAAGAGAACACGAAUUUAAAAGAAACAGUACAGCAUCAUCGAGAAAUUCGACCUGCUAUAAAGAAAGUGACCAAGAAGAAGUAAAUCUAAUGAAUAGUGAGACUUUUGUCAAUGAAGCCUAUGAUGAACAGGUAUGCCUAGGAAGUGUCUUUGAGGAAAAAACAGAUUGUGAGACACAGUUAAAGAACACGCCAUCUGGAAAAUCCUCGCUGGGUGAAAGUAGGCAGUGUUAACUUCAAGAGCUUUUUGUCAUUGGCAAAUGAUGCUAUUAUGUAUAUCAAAUGAAUACUCAGUAUCUUUUUUGACUUUAGACUCUAUUCAGUCUUUAGUUGUUCAAACCAAAGUGAAACAUGCAUGAAAUAGUAAUCAAGAAAGUCAGCUUUGGGAGGCCUUCCAGAGGGGCUCAAUCCUAUCAUGAGGUGGGAUCUUAUUAGGGUUAGUUGCAGUCACCCCUAAAAUUUACAUCCCCUUGUAAUCUCUAUCUGCUCUGAAGCUCAACCAUAACUGUGUUUUUGCCUUGUUUUAAUGUCGUCUGUGUUCUCUAACUUCAAGUCUUUCUUCCUACAGGAAUUGUUAACCUCUUUACAGACUGACUAACCUGGUAAAGCAGGAGCUGAAACAUCUCAAUAAAAAUUGUUUACACGUUUCAUGGUGUACUGUUUGAACUUCUGUAACAGUUUGUCGUAAAUGAUUAUUUAUUAAAAUAACUGCUUUUUAAAUUGGAGGAGGUUAUCCGGUUUUGUGAGUGUUGAAAAACUGACUAUUUAUAGGGUCAGAUUUCAGUACAAUCUCUGUGUAAUUUAGAUUAUUAUUUAUCCACAGGAGCUUUCUAAUCCCAGAGCGCCUGGCCCAGUACUAGUCAGAAGUUCUGCCUUUGAAUCUUGGCUCUGACACUAACUUUGAGCUAGUUAAUCUCUCUGAACCUGUUUCCCCAUUUCACAAAGAGGAAUGAUCUCUCUUGAAUCUUCACCUGUUAGGAUAGAGGUCCAGUUUCUGCAGUGUAGCAAAUGUUCGAGUGUUCCUUACCCCUCCUUCUCUCAGAUACAUUUUAGUGCAAUUUCUCACUUUUGCUGAAAAUUUAUAAAACUGUUUUUCUUAUGCUCCAUUUGAGUCUAAAACUCUGUACAGGUGAACAUACUUUCCAGAUGUAGCUACUCAGACAAAUGAUUUGUCUAAGACUUCCUUGAAGGGAAGUGGGCGGAUACUGUGGGCAGCAACACACAGAGUUAUAGGCAUGGACCAGGAUUCGUCUCAACUAGCUCUUGCCUGCUGGGGAAACAUGCAGAUGUGACUUUGGUCCCAAAGCCCCUUGGACUGCAAAGACCUCUGCUUGUCUUCCUGGAUCACACUUUAUUCACACCCACAUAAGGAAUCAAGGGCAUUGAAUCUGUGUUGGGAGAUAGGUAACAAAGCAGAAGUGUGGUCUAAAAUUCUAUAGCAGCAAUCUUGGGCAAAUCGCUUAAUCAGGAAACUGAUUCCCCAAUGAUAAAAAUGGCAUUAACAGAACCUGCAGCAGGCCAGUUGGGCACUGAAUGAAAAUACAAAAAUACCUGUACACUACUUAGCAUAGUACUUGAGACUGAGAACAUGAGUCCAAAUUCUGAUAAACAACUUGAUGUGGCAGACGCUUCUUGCUUGGAUCUUUUCUAGACUAUGCUUAUUUAGUUCUUGCAGAAUGAGUCUGUGUGGGCUGCCAAGCAUACAGAGAAGCCCGAGGCUUAUCACUGUGGGGUAUAGGACAUUAAAUAAACUGUGCUCUGCAAUCACAUAAAAAUUCCCAAGUACACAUCAACUUGACCUGAAGAACAAAUGCUGGGGGCUCCGCCUUUCCUGAGCCUGGGAGAUGCAUGAGAAUCAUUCAGUUGCCUCAGGGGUUCAGCUAUAUUUGACAGAAACCAUUUUAGCAACACAUACCUCAGACCCCUCUCACGCACAGGCUGAGUCUUAAGUUUCUCUGGCUACUUCCAGAGAGCCAUCCUCACUGUCAAGUUUGCCCUUGGCAAGGCUCUGCCUUUCUCUGCGCAAAAGUGCAUCACAACGGCACACAGAAAUGCAGCUGGAAAGCAUGCACGAGUGAUGUACAACAGUAUCACUACUUUCUCAGGACUGUUUGAGCUGCUGCCUUUGUCUCCUCUAGCCACACUUCCGGGACUUGUGCUCUGGCUAGCUCAAUGUACUUCCCAGGUGCUCCGCUGACAAGUUACUCCAGCCCCACCCUUCUACUCUUCCACCCUGCUUCCUGUUUGGGCCCCAGAAAAACUUCCUCUCUUCUCUUCCCGAGAAAAAGAGCUGACUGCAGCCAACUCUAGUAUGUCUUGAUGCACCUCCUCUCCCUAGCCCCUGCCCCAGGCUUACGUAAUCUUUAAUCUUGGCCUCUUAUGAAUGUAUGCCUAAGUAUUAUCCCACUUGAAUCUAGUUUAACAUCCUGUUAUGCUUUCCCUAUUCAAGAAUUUACAAAACACACUGAAUGUCCCUGUCACCAGAAAGACUUAAUUUUAUAAAUGGAUACUU